AUGGCAAUAGCUUCUUUGCGUCAUGGAGUGACCAUCGCUGGAGCUAUCCUGCUGGUGACGGGAACACUGUGCUUUGCUUGGUGGAGCGACGGUGAAAUGGGGGCCACUGCGCCCAGCAGUGACCCCAAAGUCACAACUCAAGGAGAAACGGAACUUAUGACCAGGGCUUCCUCUUCCAGUCCUGUACUCAGAUCAAUCAGCUUCUUCUGUUGUGGAAUUGGUGGGCUGCUUCUUCUGUUUGGACUCCUUUGGUCAGCCAAUGCUGGAAUAAUUUCCCGGCACUACCAGUACCAUUUUUCCAGUGACCUUCAGUACUCCACCGUCGAGCCUCUUGAAAAGCAGACAUGCAGCACCUGGGAGGCCACCAGUAUUCCCACUUACGAGGAGGCUUUGAAUUGCCAACCCGCUAAAAAUGCCUCCAGCGACAUGCAGUCUCAGGUUUCAAAGGAGAUCCGGCUGCCCUUAUAUCAGGUGGUGGAGGAAAAUCACAAAGGGCUGGGCAGCCGAAGACGCAGUUCCUCUGAUGGCGUUUUGUUUCGGAACAUUCCACCCAAGCCAAGCUUAGCGUCACGGGAUGAAGCCAUCAUUGUCUGUGACACUCCACCCCCAAGCUAUGAGAGCAUAGGCUUGUGUGAUGGAUGAUCCAGGCAUCUUUUAUAGCAUUGUGUAGGAAUUUCUGGAUUGCUGUAGAUAUUUGUUUUCUUUAAAUUAAUUCAUUGUGGCACAUUGAGAUAAAUAACUAUUAGGAAAAGAACUGCUGUAUAUAUGUAGGAGCUUUUGCUAAAUUAUCCAAGAGUAGUCUCGACAUUGUUUUAUAGUGGGUGAUUAAUGUACAUCCAGUAAGCCUCAUGGAUGUCCUGAUUCUUUGGAAAUGCAUUCAAAAUAUGUACUAAAUAUAAACACAAUUGACUUGGAGAGAACUACUUCAAAGAAGCUCCUGAA